AUGUCGAGCGUGCAGUCCAGCGCCAAAAACUACCUGCCCGACGGCAGCGACGACUUCGACGACCUGUGCGACGUCGUGCUGAUCGCCGACGGCCAGAAGUUCCCCGCGCACGGCGCCUUCCUCGGCCUGCACUCCCACUACUUCCGGAGGACCAUCAAGGAACUGAGGAAGGCGAAAGGGGCGUCGGGCCAGGCGGACGGCAAGCUUAGCAUACUGCUGGACGAUAGCACGUCCGUGGAGGACGUGGAGCUGAUGCUGGCCUUUGUGUACGGGAAGCGCACGGCGCUGGAAACGGCCGACGAAGCAAGUCGCCUGAUACUCCUGGCCAGCAAGUAUGACAUGCCCGCAUUCGUCAGGCAAGCCGACCGAAAGAUCCUGGAGCUCUCGGGCAGCCUCUGCUUUGUGGAUCCCGCAGCGGGGGCCAAGAAGACGCCUCGCAAGUCCAGCCGCUGCCUGGACGCCGGCUACUGGCUGGGCGUGGCCGAUACCCUGGGUCUGGAUGACCUGCGCCUGCAGUGCCAGUACAUUAUUUUCAGAGACAUGGCCACGCACAUCCGGGCCACCCACAGCCGCCCCGAAUUGGAGAGGGCUAUUGCAUCGUUGGAUGGCUACGGGGUGUCUGGCAGCAGCAUGGCUGCGGUAGCCGCUGUGCUGAUGGAGUUGGUGGCAAGGAAGGAGAUUGACAGCCACUACUUUGAUGCUCGUAAGUGCCCCUCGUGUGGAUUCAAGCCUGUGGCGCCAUUGGUGGGUGGGGCGGAGAGUGUGGAGUGCCCGUCCUGCGCCCGACCCGUGAGCACCUGGAGCAGCAGCCUGGGGACUUGGGACACAAGGUACUUGGCGGAGAAGCGGGAGGAGAUCUGUGACGGGCUGAAGAAGUUUGCUCUGCAGGCACCCUCAAAAUGA